AUGAAUAAAACAAGAUCAAGUUUUGCUACUUUACGAACGAAAACUCAAAUUAAUAUGGCUAGCCAAGGAACCCUUCCUUGUCCAUCACAUCCUUCAUUUAACAUCUCCCACGUUUGUUUAUGUACGACUUGCACAUAAUCAAUUUCAUUUUGUUCUGAAUGUCUCUUUGAAACCUAGCAUCAACAACACUUAGCUAAACAUAAAGAACAUAUCGUCGGAUGGAAUGACUUAAUGAUUCUUUGUAGAAGGCAAAGUGUGUCAGGCAGAUUGGGAGACGAGCCUUAAAAAGAAUUGAAUCAAAUAGUGCUUUCCACCCAGGCUCAUCAAGCUAGCUUUAAAACAUAUAUCAAAAAUUAGGAAUAAUUGAUUAACAAUGAUUUUGAUGGAUUAAUUACUAAAUUUACAGAAAUGAUUAAUAAAGUUAAGGCUGAAUUUAUGGCUCCAUAUAAAAACUAUUUGUAAGAUCUAAUGGAUAUGGGAACUAUAUUGGAAAAAUUAGUAUCUGAUUAUUAUUUAGAGAAAAAUAAGGAUUACAAUAACGAUUAUGAUAAUUUCUUAAGUGAAGUUAGCAAGUUAUAAGAACAGCAAUCUUCUAAUAAGAAAACCGAUUAAAAUCAAUUUAAUUUGAGAAAAUUAAUGUAGAAUAUAAUACCUUUGGUAAGCAAGGCAAAUGGUUAGUUUUAGAGAGCACUGUAAUAAUAAAAUUUGAAUGUAGAGGAGGGAGAAUCUCAAAAGUCAGGAUAUUCAUUAUUCAGUAAUAUGGCAUUGAAGCAAAGUGAUAAUUAAGUCUUAAAUGAUUUGGUGAAUGACUAUAAAGUAUUGUUAAACAGUAGACCUUGUUAUAAAAAUUAAGGAUUAGCCUAAUAAACAUACAAUGGAAUGUAGGAGUUAAUAGAUAAAUGCUAUCACUCUUUAACUUAAGUAGACUUUAUGUCUCCAGGCUAUAAAAGUUAAAUGAUUAAAAUGAACAAAGAAAAUAUCAGUUUAAAGCAAUAACUGGCCUCUCCAAAAGGUACUAAAUACUUGGAAACUAUCAUUAAGGAAUAGAGCACUAAAACAUUAAAAUAGUUAACUAAAUUAGAGGAAGAUGAGGACGAAGUAAGAGAAAUGCAAUUAAAGCAUAGAUUGAGAUAAACAACUUAAUUAAUUAUAUCAGAUCCACUAGCAUCAAUCUCAUUUGUGAAGACGAUCAAAACAACUCAUAAAUAGGGUAUUAAUUGUAUGGUCCAAUUUGAUGAUGAUUUUAUUGCUACUGGUUCAAAUGAUAGGACAGUCAAAAUAUAUAGAUAUAGAGUUUAUGAACUAUUUAAGGAAAUACAAUUUAAGAGUGAUGUGACAUCCUUGGCUGUUUAAGUAAGAAAGGAUGGUUCUUCUUUUUUAAUCGUUGGUUUAUUUAAGGAUAUUUGCAUUUUGAAUCAAGGCUUCGAAGUACUUAAGUCAAUUGAUAGAAUUCAUAAUGGUUAAAUAAAUUCUAUUGUUUGUUUAGAAGAUGCAACUACAAUAUUCAGUUGUGCACAAGGUGAUAAUAGAUUACUAUAAUGGAAUACUUAGAAUGAUCAAUAAAAAAAAUAUUUUGAGCAUAGAGAUUCUAUUACAUGUAUGACAUUACUUGGAGAUCAAUAUAUUGCAUCAGGUGGAAAGGAUAGAAACAUAAAAGUGUACAAAUAGACAUACACAAAUAACGUGUUUGAAAAAUUGUAAUUGUCUAUGAGUUUGUCAGAUGCCCAUCCAACUGAAGUCACUAGUUUAGCUUAUGGUGGAGGAAACAUUCUUUAUAGUAGUAGUGCUUCAGGGGAAUUAAAGGUUUGGGACUUCAUGGAUGGAACUAUGAUUAAACAAGUUAAAAACUAUGCUGGAUGGUGUUUCAGAAUAAUCAACUUCUAAUUAGAAGAGGAACAGAAUCCAUAAUAGAAGACUUAACUGUAAACUUCAAUUCCAUUAUGUGGAUCACCAAGAAGAAAGAAGUAGCCAUCAAAUGAAUAUGAAUGCAUUAAAAACAGCUUCAUUGGUACUGUGAGUUUUGAUGGCACUUUCAAAAUAUUCAAUGGCAAAGCUUUGUUAAAUGAUAAUCCAUAACCUAUGAUCACAACUCAACUGAAAUCUUUGCAUGAUUGUCAUCCAUUUGGAGGAGUGUUGGCUAUUAGAGAUAGUAUCACUGAUAAGAUUGAUGUAUUGAGUAGUGGCAACAAGAACGAUUGCAAUAUUUAGUUGUAUAGUUUAGCAUAAUCAUGAGUCAGUUUAUAUUAUAUACUAAGUUUACACAAUUUUAAUUAAA